UUUUCUUCUUUGCUUUGUUGAUCAGAGGGAAAUGAGGUCCGCCGAUUGCCCAGCUCUGUGGUGACCUGGAGGAAGCUCUGGCCUGGCUGGAGCUGCCCCUGUCCUGCUGGAGUUGGUGGGGGGACAGGGGUUCUCCCUGGCCUGGACCCUUAGCCGGGCCUGGCCUCUCCCUGAGCUCUUCGCAGGAGCUCCCGCCAGGGACCCUGUACUUGGGUGACUCUGCCUAUGCGUGUUUGACUUAAUAAUAUUUAACACCCCGUUCCCUUUCCAAAAAAAGAGAGAGAGAGGAAGGGGUGUGUGUUAGGUUCUGUCAAUAUGUCAACAGAGGCGAAGUGGAUAAUUGAGGAAACUGUUCGGAGAUUAGGCCAAGAUAUACCUGCCGGGCCGGGAUUCGGAGUCGUUACAAAUGAGCGCGUCUUGCCUGCGAGUUUGCUUAAUCGGCGCCACGCAGCUGUGCGUCGGGGCGCGUUGUCCGCCGAGGCCCCGCGCCCCGUGGGCGCACCCAGCGUUCGGCCACGUCGAGCCAAAGCUUCCCGGCGCGCAGCCUGUUCGCAGCGCGCGGGGCCGGUGUUCCCAGCAUUCAGGACCGGCGGGCCGGCCCCGGGGAGGCGGGGGCCGGCGGAGGGGCUUUGCGCGGCCCCCGGGGGGCCCGGGGAGCUCGGGCAGGGGCGCGUGGGGGGGGGGACCUCAACGCUGUGCCCUCGGCCGCCCGUAGGUAUCUACGACUGUAAGGACAAGCGCGACGACGUGAAGUCGGAGGACGAGGACGGGCAGACCAAACUGAAGCAGCGGCGCAGCCGCACCAACUUCACGCUGGAGCAGCUCAACGAGCUGGAGCGGCUCUUCGACGAGACGCACUACCCCGACGCCUUCAUGCGCGAGGAGCUCAGCCAGCGCCUCGGGCUCUCCGAGGCGCGCGUGCAGGUUUGGUUCCAGAACCGGAGAGCCAAAUGCCGCAAGCAGGAGAACCAGAUGCACAAAGGCGUGAUCCUGGGCACGGCCAGCCACUUGGACGCCUGCAGGGUGGCCCCCUACGUGAACAUGGGUGCAUUGAGGAUGCCUUUCCAACAGGUUCAGGCACAGCUGCAGCUGGAAGGCGUGGCGCACGCGCACCCGCACCUCCACCCGCAUCUGGCGGCGCACGCGCCCUACCUGAUGUUCCCGCCGCCGCCCUUCGGGCUGCCCAUCGCCUCCCUGGCCGAGUCGGCCUCGGCCGCCGCCGUCGUGGCCGCCGCGGCGAAGAGCAACAGCAAAAACUCCAGUAUCGCCGACCUAAGGCUGAAGGCGCGCAAGCACGCGGAGGCCCUGGGGCUCUGACCCGCCGGCCCGCCGCCCCGCGCGCGCCCCGGGCCCGCCACCCCGUGCAUCCCUCCGUCCGUCAGUCAGUCCGUCCGCGGCGUCCUGCACUCUACCCCUCCGCUCCCCGCACCGCUCCCCACUCUCCGC